CAACACAAUAAACUGAAAAUUCCCCGACAAUCUUUCUCUCUCCUCAAACUUCCCCCCUGUAAAACCCUAAAACCACCGCACCUUCACCGGCGUACGGCCACCGGAAUCUCGAUUAUCCGUCUAAUUUAAAGGAGAAGUACAAAUAUGUUUUAUUCCCAUACAUUUUUGGCCCGGAAAGGCCCACUCGGCACUGUUUGGUUUGCUGCUCAUCUUCAGCACAAACUAAAAAAAUCUCAUGUUGCUUCCACUGAUAUCCCCUCCACCGUCGAGCGGAUUAUGUUUCCAGAAGUCCCUAUUGCUCUCAGAAUGUCAGGACAUCUUCUGUUGGGCGUUGUUCGGAUAUAUUCGAAACAAGUUGAGUACCUUCAACAUGAUUUCAAUGUUCUCUGGGUGAGUUUGAGGAAUGCCUUUCGCAAUGUGGAUGUUGAUUUGCCUGAAAACGCAAACCAGGCUCAGUUUAAAGCUGUCACAUUGCCGGAAACUUAUGCACUUGAUGCUAUAGAUAUAGAUGAUGAAUUCUCCCUUAUUCAUGGAUCUCAGGAUGAUCACCUCAUGAGCAUAGAUGAAAUAACACUCCAAGAUCAAUAUCAGUCCGGAAUGGAGCAUUAUGUUAGGAUUACAUUCGACGAUGAUAUUAUUCCAGUCACAUUGGACCCUGUGCAAGAGGAGGAGGUUGAUCCAAUGCAGAUAGACAUUUCUCAUGACAUUCCUCUUGAUAUUCCUCAUGAACUACCUGUUCUUCCUAGUCAUGAUAUUCCCAGUACAGUAGGUGUCAGCCAAAGUGAAGAACAACAUGGUGGGGUUGAAGGUGAAAUCUUUUCGCCACCUGAAACCAUGCGUGAUAAUGCCAGUGACGAGGUCCACCUGCCUAGCCCAAUUCUUCGGCCACAAAGAGAGACUCUUGAUGAUCCUAAUUUAAACACAUCUCCUCCAAAGAAUACGGCUGAGAAGACUGGUACACCAUGGUCAAUGCAUGAGUCUCCUUUACAUUCUCAUCAACCAUUGCAGCUUGAAGGGCCUUCAUCACCUCCAACUGAAGCUCCUCUGGUUUCUGGUUCUUUUGUGAAUGCUUCACCGAAUGAGUUGUCACUCCGUCCAUCCCCUAUUCCCGAGAAGCCUCAACCUCCCAAGAGAAACAGAAAGCGAAAGCAACACUUUGAUGAGACAUUGGUUUUGUCUAAUGAGUUUGUGAAAAAUACGCUCAGUGAUUGUUCUGAUCUAGUAAGGAAGAAGAAGAAGAUGCCUUGUUCUUCUUUGGAAUUGUGGAGGUUCACAAAACAGAAGAGGAAGGCAAAUGAAGAGGUUUUCACAGAACCACUGAUAUUUGGAAUGUGUGCUGAUCUCGAGAAUCUUUCAAACAAGGUCUUAAAAUCCUCACACAUGGAAAUGCCUGUGACAGAAGAAGCUCAAAUUGAGCAAAGGACUGCAGAAUCUCCUGCACAAGCUCAACUGGAGCAAAGGACUGCAGAAUCUCCUGCACAUGUUACCAAUGUUGAAGAGGAUAUUGAGCAUCUCCGAUCAGCGGAUGUUGAUCCUGGACUCGACAUUGGUCAAAUGUUCCCUUCCUCCCCACCAUUGUUGUCUACGCCCUCCGGUAUUGCAGAUACUUCAACAUCCCUGAGAAUUCCAAGUUCAGUUUCAGAGCCUAGAUUCGGAACUACUGACACUCUUCAAUCAGAUAUGGAUAUGCCUAGUCAUUUCGUAGGCAUGAGUAUGGAAACACCAUACUCGAUUUCCGGUGACAGAGAUGAUGUAGGUACUGCUUUAACAGACAUUCCCGAAUUUGGGAAUUCUAUGGAAUCUGAUAAGCUCUCUUUUCUGGAAUCAGAAAACGACAGCCCCUCUGAUUCCCAAGAGGCUCGUACAGGAGAUACUAUGUCUUCAAGGACAAGGGCAGUGGCUCAGUAUCUGAAAAAUCAUUCUCCUCUAUCCAAGUUCUCAGGCGACUCUUCUGAAAAUCUAAAUUUAAGUACCAUCUUGGAAGGUAGACGGAGGAAGUUAUGUGCACGGAUGUUUUAUGAGACUCUGGUUUUGAAGGAUUGUGGAAUGAUUGACGUUCAACAAGAUGAGCCCUAUGGGGAUAUUAUUUUGAAGUUGACCCCUACUUUCUCCAAGGCCCAAGUUUGAGACUGCAUCAGAUAAAUUGGUGUUUCUCAUGUAUAUACAGUUAAAGUGUAAGUGUACAGGCGUACAGCAGCUCGGAGUACAAACUUUUGUUCAGUUAUUAUAAACAGGAGGGCAGUCACCCAUUAGUUGAUACCAUGACAUGCUGCUAACUGCUAACUCAUUGCAACAAAGCUCUUUUUUUGUUCUAGGAGAUGAUCUUGUUGCUUGUAAUUGUGUUUUCGAUGUUUAGAAUUAGAAUCCUAGGAAGUAAGAAGUCUCUUUUUGUAGUACCAUCAGGUGACAGUUAUUGUAUAAUCAUAAAAUUUAAGUGCCAGCCCAGGUUUAUAUGCUUGACUAUUUGCAUAUUACUGAUGUUAGUCACUUGCAAAUUUGCAAUCCUAUCAGUAAUAGAUCAAGGAUUCUAGGUUGUGUUCU